UUCGACGAGAGCUCAGACAAGCUCCCGCCUAGCAGCAGCCCCCUACGUUCUUCUGCUUCGUUACCUCUCCGCUUCUGCCCCGUGCAUCUUCUCCUCCCUCAUCAUCCUCUCUCCAAGCGUUUCUUCGCAGUCGCGUCCACCACAUUCCCUCCGCCGUGCUUCGGACUCGAAGGUCCUGUGCAGAAGCAUCUCCGCCGUCGUCGCGCUCUGCGGCGGCGCGAAGUUCUUCCCCCGUCGAGCCUUUCGGUUUCUGCGACCAAGAGGUAUCACGAGGCCCUUUGCGUAUUCCUGGGUUGUAGAGAAUCCCUUAUGGGUCACUCGUCGUCAGCUUUUGGUUUAUGAUAUUUUCUUCCCGGUUGUAUCCUUGUUACCCAGCAAAGCGGGGUACUUUGGCGGAACUUUUAUCUCUAAUUCGUUACCCAAUCCAACGAAGGUGGUGGUGGGUGUGGAAUAGGAACCGGUGUCGUAAGUGGGCAUGCUGUGGAAGACGAGAUAAUUAUGGUUUUCGCUCUCAGACGAGACGAACCUCCGUGUUGAAAGCGUGGCCACAGUAUUGCAUGUCCCCAUUGCUAAAGCAAGUGGAUAGGCUGCAAAGAUCCUCGCUGUUGUCCUGCUCUGACCUCAUAACUCAAUGUCUCUCAUUAAAAUCUCUUCAUUAUACCAAAGCCAUCCAUGCGCAGUUGAUAAAAGUGGGACUUGCUCGCCACACGUUUCUGGGUAAUCGAUGUCUGGAUUUGUACGCGUGUUUUGGCACGACGAAGGAUGUCUUGAACCUGUUUGAUGAUAUCCCUCGCAAGAAUGUGAUAUCUUGGAAUAUUUGCUUGAAAGGGUUGCUGAAACACAGCGACAAUAGAAGGGCACGCGUAAUGUUCGAUGGAAUGCCGCAAAGGGAUGUUGUAAGUUGGAAUUCCAUGCUCGCGGGGUAUGCAUUUAAUGGGUUUGUUUAUUAUGCAUUGGAGCUGUUUUGGGAAAUGCAAACUGCUGGAGUUGAACCGAGCGAGUACACAUACUCCAUGGUGGCAUCGUUUGUGCAAUGUGCUAAUCAUGGCAGGCAAAUCCAUGCUAGAGUGAUCAGGAGUGGCAUGAAUGCACACAAUGUGGUGCUCGGAAAUUCUUUGAUUGGCAUGUAUGGGAAGCUUGGCCUUGUUGACUAUGCUCAUGCAGUAUUUAUGACGAUGGAAAACAUUAACAUCAUUUCUUGGAACUCGCUGAUUUCAGGGUUAUACAACUCAUGGCGAAGUCAAUGUGCACUGGAGCAGUUCACCACAAUGCGUCAUGUAGGACAAUCUCCAGAUGAGUUUACGGUUUCAUUGAUGCUCACAAUCUGUUGCAACUUGCAACAACUAGAGAAGGGUGAACAACUUUUCUGUUUGUCUACAAAGAUGGGCUUUCUUUCUAAUGCAAUAGUUGCAAGUGCCAUCAUUGAUCUAUUCUCCCAGUGCAACAGAUUGGAGGAUUCGGUUCAGUUCUUUGACAAAGUAGAUGAGUGGGAUAUAGCUUUGUGUAAUUCCAUGAUUUCGAGCUACAUUUGCCAUGACCAAUGGGAAGUUGCUCUAAAUCUUUUUCUUCUGGUCCUGAGGGAAGGCCUCAAGCCGACUGAGUUUACUUUGAGCAGUGUUCUGGGUGCUGUUUCUUUUCAUCUGGCAGAGCAGGGAAAUCAAUUGCAUUCCCUGGUUAUUAAGACAGGUUUGGAAUCAGAUGUUGUUCUUGCUAGUUCUCUUCUGGAUAUGUACAACAGAGUUGGCUUAGUAAACUCUUCCAUGAACGUCUUUCUUCACAUGGUUGCAAGGGAUUUGAUCUCUUGGAAUAGCAUGAUUGUGGGUUUGACUCGCAAUGGAAAGGUAAUUGAGGCACUAGGCUUAUUCGCGAAAUUGCUUCAAGUGGGUCUGCCACCAGAUAGAAUAACAUUAUAUGCAGUGUUGCAAGCCUGUAACUAUGGAGGAUUUUUCACUGAAGGAUUGGCAACAUUUUCAUGCAUGGAGGAAGCGUAUGCAAUAAUUCCUGGGGAAGAACAUUAUACCUGUGUCUUGAACUUGUUGACCCAAUAUGGAAAACUCCAGGAAAUUGUAGAUGUUGUAGAAACUAUGCCUUAUGAGCCCAAUUAUGGGAUGUGGGAAUUGAUGCUUCGGCUUUGUAGUUUGCAUGUGGACUUGGAACUCAUGGAAGAAGUUGUAGGAAAAAUGAUAGAAGUGGAGCCUCAGUCAUCAGCACCUUAUUUGGUCCUAGCUAGGGAAUAUGAAAUGAGGGGCAGAUGGGAGGGCAUAGUUCGAGUUAGGAUGGCAAUGAAAGAGGGGGGCGUCAGAAAGAAAGUAGGAUGUAGUUGGAUCGGCAUAAAUAAUCAUGUAUUCGCUUUCAGGGAAGACCAGUUACAAUAUCAUGGAGGUGAAGAUGUCUAUGUUGUUCUAAGUUUACUCGCGUGGGUGAUGGAAAGACAAGAUCCAUGGCAGGAUGGUUAUCUAGGUAAUGAAGAUUAUAUUGGUGCUUAACAUCUUUCACAUGGUCAAUUGUUUCAAUUUCAACCCAACGUGGCCAUGAAUGAUGCCUGCUUAUGUCUAGAGUGCCCUUUGGUAUUGUAUGCUGCAUUAAGCUCCAGGUUGAAAAGCUACAUCAAUAACUAGCUCCCUGGGAAUGGAAGUUCCAUUUGUUUUUGCCAUGACAGGUUGUGCUUUUGGUUUCCUGUUAGAUAUCAGUUUGAGGGUGUUUUUAGAAUUGCCAUGGAAUAGAAAGCUCUAGCUUGUUCUAGUAAGAUAGCAAGAAAGGUAUAGAAAGACAGGAUAAUUAAUUAACAAUAUUCUUUCUGUCAAGAUUUUAGUGUGGACACUGCAUUGUUCUUUUAUAGAUUUCAUGUUAUUUGUGUGAUUCCCAAAUCUUUUCUGUUAAUUCAAGCUUUCAUUAGAAAGUUAGGAAGUCAGAUUUUGGUUACUGUUGUUGCUGUCGUUGUGGUUGUUGUUGUUAUUUGUAUGUGGGAUAACUGUUAUGUUGAUAUCUCUCAGACCUUCAAAGGAAUAAAGGUAUAUAACUUAAACGAAAAAUAGCUUUUUCGACUGCAUUAGUACAUGAAAGAUGUCAAAGAUGGCAAGUUUACAAUCUGUACUUUUUUCCAUUUCCAAUUUAAUUUCUCUUUCAUCUUUUAAUGAGACAUUUCUCAAAGUCACAAUAAGGUAUAAAACCUAUUUGUGCAUUAUUUGAAUCAUUUGUCUGGGUCUUUUGUUGACUGAGUCUUUUUCUCUUUAAAUCGUUUCCUAAUCCAGUUAAAGGACAUGGGAGAUCUUACCUGUCCUGCUUGUUUAAAUGAUAUUCAUAUUCUCCUUUCAUCAUCUUUGAAAUUUAAAAUACUUAAUACCUGCGGAUUAUAUACCACUUCUUAUAUCCAUAGGGAUGCAGUAAUAGAGCUGCUGUUGCACCUUAUGCUCUAAUUUCCAAUCUUAUUGCUAAAUCAUGAAACAUUUCAGAAAUACUCGAAGGUUUUUUUACUUUUCUGUCCACUAAAAGUACCAUUACAUUGAAAUUUAUUCAUAUAAUCAGACAACCCAAACAACUUAUUCUGAACUUACAUGGAUGGCAUGCGUGGGAGCACUAACUUUAAGGAAAUCCUUGAUUUGGACCGAUUAGUUUCCUUCCUCUCAAUGGACAUAAUAUGCAUAACGCAUCUCCAAUAAAGAGAGGAAAAGCUGUGAGCACCCAUACCUUGCAUUUUCCUAGGGAAUACACUCGAAUUCCUAUACAAGUGAUGAUUUUUCAUGUCCUAGACAAAUAUCAGUUUAGGAACCAUGGUAUCCAGAUCUGGGGUUGUUUUAUUUUGGAAGGUUGAUUUUUGUAUGUCUGUUGCAGGUAUGUUUGAGCUUAUUCAAGCAGAUGAUCUGUUGUGACACUAUUCUUUCACAACUUGACUUGCAGUUGCUAGUGAUACAGAGGGAAUUAGAAAACUCCCUUGGUCAAAAUUGAUCUAUGGGGGAAGAAAAGUGUAUGAUGCACUUCAAUUCACCUAUCUGGCUUACUCAUGUCAAAUAAUCCGCAGCUGCGGGUGAAUAUUUGGAAAAGGAAUAUUUAACUAAAGAAAGUGUUGGAACUUUGAGAAAGGAAUAAAGCAACCGAAGAUCCCUGAACAAUUGCAAAACGUUCAAUCAGGUCCCUCAAUUGUUGUCCUUGUGCAAUUGCGUUAUAUACUUUUUUUUUGUUCAAGCUGGUCCUUCUGUUAAAAGUAUAAAUGGAGAUGCUGAUGUGGCUGUUAAACGUUGACAUGUCACGUUAUAUGGCAUCUUAUGUGGUAAUUGAAACCUAAAAUAUUGAUUUCAAGAUUUUAGAAAUACAGAAAUCUGGAAAAAAAGGAAAAUUCAAACAGAGGAGAAGCUGAGGACAGCGGUAGCUACAGUCGAGGCGGAAGCGGCACCGAUGCCACCCAUGCAUCGUUGGGGGCUGGCAUUCCUCACUGGGCUCAGGUGAAGUCGGCCAGAGUUGCUGCGACCUUGCCACUAGCGGCCCUUGUCACUCCGGCAGUGAUGGCUGCGGCCUUCGCUGAGAUCUGCAGCGAGGGGACAAACCUCACCCAGAUUUAGGGUGAGGGGCAUAGACCAUGUUGUCAAAGAAUAUUGAAGUGGCAGCAGUGCUCGACCUCAAGGUUGUGAAUGUUGCGAAGGUCAGGGACUUGGAGAGGCGCAAUUCUGUGGUAACCUGUGAAGAAGAUCAAAGAAUACAAUCUGGGGAUUCUAUGGAAGCUCGGUGAAUGAGUGUAGAGGUUAGCAAAGAAAUUGCAGGCAAAAGUAAAAGAUCUCCAAAAAAAAUUUCAAGAAUUAAUUUUUUAGGGCAGAACCAAUCCGUGCAAAAACGAAUGCAAACUCUCCAGGAUGCUGUUCAAAGCUACUUGAUGAAGACAGAUGCAUUUCGCCAGAAUGUUUUUUGUUUUUUUGAUUUUUUUUGUUAUAACAAUUUUGUAUGUUUUAAUUGCUAUUUAAGAUGCCACGUAAUGUCACAUCUGCAUUUGACAGCCAUGUCAGCAUCUCUGCCUAUAUUUUUUUGAAAGGACCAAUUUGAGCAGAAAAUAUAGUUUAAGGACCCAAUUGCAACAAAAAAGUUGAGAGACUUGAUUGAACAUUUUACAAUAGUUCAUGGACCUCCAGUGCCUCUAUCCCUUUGAGAAUUCGAUGAUUCCAGACCAAACCAUUGUUGCUGCUAAUUAAAGUUAUGUUUGAGAACUUCAUAGUGGAUGAUUGAGCUGGUAGAUGUAAGCUAUUGAUUCCAAUUAUAGAAAUUUCAAUUAGAGAAAUGUAUUAGUGUAUUCAAAACCUGUUUUGAUGAAUUAUUAAAAAAGAAUGAAGGCCUCUAUUUUUGUUUAAAAAAUGUCUCUUGAGGAGAACCUUUGUCAAACAAAGAAGCUUUAGAGCAAGUUACGUGUUUUAGUUUUCUUGGUUUCCCUUUUGAGUGUAACUAUAUUGGCUUUUGAUUUGACACAUUCUAACCAUCCUUCUCGUUUUGCAGCCAUUCGAUCUCCUCGUUUGAUUAGGAACCUGCAAACACGUUGGAUGAAGAUCUGCAAAAGCUGGGAUCUGGGGUUAACAACUAUGCUUUGACUUUGCUAAGCCAAUGCUUUUGUUCUGUGAAAACAUUGAUUAAGAUCUUGAAGUUCAAAAGCAGUCAAUUUACUGGCACGCGCUUAAGUGCAGGUGUUUGGUUAAAAAUUGAGUUACGAAGGUUCCCGGGAUCUAUCAGGCUCAGGUUUGUUGAAUGAAGAUCUCUCGAAUGAUAUGAUAUUCUCGGAGAUGGUUGUCAAAUGGAAGGUAAUGCCAAUGAAGCUUGUCGCUUGCUGAGCAGUGGGGACUUUGGACAGUGAUCGUUUCUAUGAUGAUGACCACAUCUCUAUUGAUGAUGACAAGCAGAUUGCAUUCACCGAGUGUUGACGAAUGGUUCGAGGUUCUACGUUGGCAUGUUAUAUGGGCGAAAAAUGGUAACACUUGUUAUGAUAUUAGUGCUGUCAUCAAGGAAGCAACGACUUUCAGAGACGAGCCUACUUUGAUUAACGUUAUCCCCUGCAAUGAGGGGUUUUGGUUUUUUUUUUUUUGGUAAGGUAUACAAUGAGGGGUUUUGUUGCACAUCCUUUACUCAAAGAAUUCCAAUUGUAAAUCAUUUGUUGUCCACUUAGAGACAAUAAUCUAUCUUUUAAUAGAUCAUGAUUCCAACUCUA